AUGGAGAAGAAGGGUAUCCCAAUUACCCUAGAUUCUGGUGAGUUGUGUGUUAAAAUUCCCAAUAUGGUGGUCCAGAGAAACCAAAACCGGUGGAAGGACUUCAUUAUAGGCCAGUUUCACGGUAAUCUCCCCUCCAAAGGAGCCCUCUACGCCAUCCUUAAUGGAAUUUGGAGCCGAAAGCGAAGGGACAUCACCAUCUCCAAGCAAGGUCCAAAGUCGGUGCUCAUAAGAAUUCCAUGCGAGGAAACACGCAAAAGGGUACUUGCUCAACGAGUGUGGCACAUUGAAGGCCAAUCUAUGUUCGUAGCGGAUUGGGAGCCAGAUCUUUCCCCGGUGAUGCCAGAACUAACUGAAGCUCCAGUCUGGUUAGAAUUCCGUGGAGUUCCACCCCAAUUCUUCUCCCAGGAAGCAUUGGAAUACAUAGCGGGUUUGGUUGGUCAUCCAGUCUUUUGUCAUCCUUCUACGAUCAAUCUCACGGAUUUAGAAGUUGCGAAAGUGUUCACGAUAGUCAAUAUCACCAAGCCUCUUCCAGAAGCGGUCAAUGCCCAAUUCGAAACGGGAGAAACAUUCAGGAUUGUUGUAUCCAGUCCGUGGCUUCCCCCUAUAUGUGCUUUCUGCCAAGGAGUUGGUCACUCUAUUAAGCGGUGUCCCACGGCUCCAAUCCUUUGCAGCUUCUGCNGACACACAAACCAGAGUGUGGCAUUGGUCUUAUUUUGUGAGGAGGGAGACGUGGAUAUGUCCAGAGAAAGGGACCACUUGAGUUUAUGA